AUGGCAGAUAGCAGUGUAUCAAUGCCUAUCCAGCAGUGUCUCAAACCUCGUCGUCAACUAUUCGCUGCCACGCGUCAGCAGAAGAACGUUUUCUUUUAUCAUCCUGGAUACCAGGAUGGCCACAAUCUCCUCCUGAAUCUACCGGCGCUAGAUGCAGGAGGAAUCCAUCAUGAGACAGCACGAAUCGCUUGUGCUAUCCUUGCCGCCUGUAGAUUUGAUGGUUAUUUCUCGAUGAGUAAAAAUGGGUCUAAAAUUCCAGACAGACCUGAUGAUAUUCUGCGAGACACGAAAUAUUAUUUUUGUAUCGAAGACGAUAUCAAGUACCCUAUUGUGCCAUCAUUUGAUAACUUCCGAUGUCCUGACGAGCUUCCUCAGUCAUGGUUAGAUGAUCUCGCUCCAAUCGAACUAGGCAUCUAUAGAGAUGCCCGCGAGCGCGAUAUCGGGUGCCGUAUAACAGGCUCAUUUCUGCCUACAGAGAUGGCCCAUAUUAUUCCACAAGCGCAGAGCGAGUGGUGGCAGAAAAACCUUAUGUAUACUUACGUCGCCAACCCCGAUGAGAGCUUUGAUGCAAAAUGUCCGGACAAUACGAUUCUCCUUCGAUGCGACAUGCAUAAAAUGUGGGACGACAACCGAUUUGCUAUCUUGCCCAAGGCUGGCGAAUGGUAUACCCAUGUGCUUCUCAACAGCACUACUACUGAGCUAGAGCAGGAGUAUCACAAUCUCCAACUGCAACCCCUGCGAGGUGUGUCACGGCACUUCUUCUUCUGUCGCUUCGCUCUUGCUAUUUUUGCCAAGAGCGCAUUCCUCAGGCAGCGUAUGCGGCGCAAGCUGGUUAUCCUCGACCGUUCAGGCUCGUCUAAAGUGCGCGAAAUGUCGGUGGACGAGUAUAAGGAACUUCUCAAUCUUGUUGCCCGCGGGACAAGCAGAAGUACCAGCCCAACAAAACGACAAAGGCGUGAUCAAUCAGAAAGCAACCCGCCAGACGAUACAUUUUCCCAUGUCGACGUUUUACCCGAGGACGAACUCGAGGACGACGCGGAAGUGGAAUUUACAAGAGGACGCUCUCGGAAACGGGCCGGUUCGCCUAUACUGCCUGAUAACAUCAAUAUGGAUUCGAGACUUGAUCCUAUCAGUCCACCGCCAAAACGAUAA